AGAAUUGAAAGUGAAAGUUUGUCUGAGCGACAGAACAGCUGCACGUCUCUCUGCUUCUCUCUAAAGAAACACUCGACUGAAUCCAGCAGCUUUUCUCAACAACACAGCAGAACUUAUUCCAAAUACUGAGUAGACAUGUCUGCUGCCAGCUGUCUGCUGACUGAAGAUCAGUUUCUGUGCUCCAUCUGUCUGGAUGUGUUCACUGAUCCAGUCGCCAUACCAUGUGGACACAACUUCUGUAAAGCCUGCAUCUCUGAACACUGGGAUAGAAAUGUCCCGAGUCAGUGUCCCAACUGCAAAGAGGUUUUCAACAUAAAGCCUGAGCUGCGCGUCAACACUUUCAUCUCUGAGAUGGCUGCUCAGUUCAGACAGUCAGCUCAACAGAAAGCCUGCAGCAGCAGCUCAGAGCAACAAGUUGUCAAACCAGGAGAAGUUCCCUGUGACGCCUGCACUGGAACCAGACUGAAGGCCCUGAAGUCCUGCCUGGUGUGUCUGGAGUCCUACUGUGAGACUCACCUGGAGUCUCAUCUGACAAGAGCAGGUCUGAAGAAACAUCAGCUGAUCGACCCUGAGGAGAACCUGGAAGGCAGGAUGUGUGUGAAGCACGAUAAACUGCUGGAGCUGUUCUGUAAGACCGACCAGGUGUGUGUCUGCAUGCUCUGCACUCUUUUAGACCACAAGACACAUGAUGUUGUUCCUCUGAAAGAAGGAUAUGAAGGAAAGAAGGCUGAGCUGGGGAAGACAGAGGCUGAAAUUCAGCAGAUGAUCCAGAAGAGACAACUGAAGAUUCAGGAGAUGAAUCUCUCAGUGGAGCUCAGUAAGGAAGGAGCAGACAGAGAGAUAGCAGAUGGUGUUCAGGUCUUCACCGCUCUGAAGGAGUCUGUUGAGAGAAGCCAGGCCGAGCUCAUUGACACCAUCAAAGAGAAGCAGAGAGAGACAGAGGAACAGGCUGAAGGCUUCAUCAAAGAGCUGGAACAGGAAAUCUCUGAGCUGAAGAAGAGAAGCUCUGAGGUGGAGAAGCUGUCACGCUCUGAAGACCAGCUCCACCUCCUCCAAAGCUUCACGUCCCUGAACGCUGCUCCACCCACCAAGAACUGGACAGAAGUCAGGGUCCGUCCACCUUCCUAUGAGGGGACUGUGGUGAGAGCUGUGACUCAGCUGGAGGAGACACUCAGUGAACAGAUGAAGAAGCUGCUUGAGGUGGAGCUGAAGAGGGUCCAGCAGUAUGAGUUGGAGGUGACUCUUGAUCCUGAUACAGCACAUCCCAACCUCAUCCUGUCUGAUGAUGGAAAACAAGUAAACUGUGGUGAUGUGAAGAAGAAUCUCCCAGAUAAUCCAGAGAGAUUUGAUCCUUGUGCUCGUGUCUUAGCAAAGCAGAGUUUCUCUUCAGGUAGAUAUUAUUACGAGGUUCAGGUUAAAGGGAAGACUGAGUGGAUUCUAGGAGUGGCCAGAGAGUCGAUCAACAGGAAGGGAAGCGUCACAGCGACUCCUCAGGAUGGUUGCUGGAUAAUAUGGCUGAUAGAAAAUGAGUACGAAGCGCUUUCUGGCCCUCCAGUCCGUCUCUCUCUGAAGUCUCAGCCUGAGAAGGUGGGGGUGUUUGUGGAUUAUGAGGAGGGUCUGGUCUCCUUUUAUGAUGUUGAUGCUGCAGCUCUGAUCUACUCCUUCACUGGCUGCUGCUUCACUGAGAAACUCUACCCAUCCUUUUGUCCCGGUCUUAAAAACUCUGCCCCUCUGAUCAUCUCUCUUGUCAACCACACCGGGUAGAAUAUCCAUUUGAUGUUUUGUUUUUCUCUGAUUCGCUACUUACUUCUAUAAUUUGCAGAUUUUACGAUUUACAGAAUAUCAUCCACUGUCCAGUUAAUUCUAAUGGCUGCAUUACCUGCCUUAAACAAUGUUAAUGUUAAAUAAUGUUUAACAAUCUGCUUUUGUUUGAGAUGUUUUAAUGUAUUAAUUUGUACAAUACUUGCAACAGAGAUGUCAAUCAUUAUAAUUGAAAGGAACAGUGUAGUUUACCGAUUCAUUGUAUGUUGUAUGUUUGUUCAUACAGCAUUUGAUGCAUCAAUGUGGUGUUUAUUUGCCUAUGAAGAGUAUCAUUAGGGUGCUUCAUACCAGUUUCCUUAACAUUAUUAGGGUGUUUAAUGGAUGAUAUUUGCUAGAUUCUGGGAUCAUAGGUUUAAUGUUUAUGUAGGACUAUCAUUAAAUAGAUCUACAAUUUACAUAUAUGCAUUUAAGAAAUUAUUUUGGUCUUAGUUUGCCAUUUUUUAGAUCAUCGAUCCAAUUUAUUUGAACAUGAUUAAUAACCAUUUGUUAAAUCACUGCUGAUUCCUCUUGGUUUCUUAACAAACAAAACAAAAAGUUGCUGACUAAAUGUGAUGUAAACUUAUAGAAAUUGUGUUAAUUCAGCAUGCAAUUGUCAAUGUUGGGUUUCAUGGAUUUCUGUAUUAUUUAAGUCAAAACUAUGAAUCGGACCGACUGAAUCAUCUGUUUGUUAAAACACCAAAAAGUAGAAAGAUCGGCAUUUCAUAUCCUGCCUCACUGGCUCAUAUUUAUCAACACAAAAGAGAGACUUAAAAUAUCUAAUUAAUUAUCUAAAUUAACAUAUUUUAAACACCAAUCUCAUUCACCAAAAUAUAUAUAUAUAAAAUGGAAUAUAUUGUGUUAAUGUUUUUUUCUUAGAACUCACAGUUUAAGGGUUUUCUUGAGGAGCAAAACUGGCUUAAAAUGUACAACAAAGCAAUUCCUUGAUUUUAAUUAGAUUAAUUACAAAAAAAUGGUGUUUAAAAAAAAAAGGUGUUUUAAAAAGAAUGCUUACUUUUAUUGAUCGUUAUUGUUUACCCAACACACAUUUGUUUUUGACUACUUCCUGUUAUAGUUACAUGGGUGUGGUUCAUGGUAUUUAGGUCACUUGUAUGUCAGGGUUGGUGAAAAGACGUAGGGGUAAUUUGGCUGUAAUAUUUUCUGUUGACUGUAUGUUCCAUCUUCAGUUAUACUGUAGUUGGUUUUAUUUCUUUAUUAAACAUUAUUAAACUUCA